AUGGACGACACUGUAAAGUCUGCGGCAAAUGCCAUGAACGAUCGAGCUGUUGACUUGGACUUUGAGGUCACUGUAAUUGAAUGUGAUGAGGUAGAGGAUGGUAUUUUGUCUACUAAGGUCCGUGACACUCUCAUGAACCACAAAAAUGCAGUCUACGGAGAAAGCACGAAACCUGUACGCAUUACGGGUCUCUGUGGUUGCUUUUCACUAGCUUUUUAUCAGCCGUAUUUUGAUGUUGACACAGCAGACGUUCAACAGCGUCUGAUACGAGCACUCGUGCCAUUUAAGAAAGACCCAACAUUUGCUGAGCUAGCAUUAAAGUCACCUGACGCUUAUGGACCAUUCUGGCUCUCGACGACGCUCAUUUUCUGUCUUGCAUCAUGCAGUAAUGUAGCAUCGUUUCUCGAUUAUACGGGCGACACGGAGAAAUGGUCGUACGAUUUUAGCCGUCUUGCUUCGGCGUAUACUCUUGUUGAGAUCUUUCUUCUAGGUUUGCCCAUGCUUAUCUGGCUCGUGGGCAAAUACUUCCAGGUGCCCAUGUCUCUGCUCUUCCUCGUUUGUCUUUAUGGGUACUCGGCGAUUAUGUUUAUCCCAGCUGCAAUAUUAUGCGUUUCUCCGGUCGACACUUUAGACUGGGUAGUCAUGUUGACGGCGAUGGCGUGGUCGCUCUUCUUUUUGCUCAAUAAUCUAUGGCACGUCAUAUCUGAGCAUCUGACAAAGGAAAAGAUGCUGCCGGUGUUGGCAAUCAUCAGCGGGGCGCACUUGAUGUGGGCCGUUCUCAUGAAGCUACUGUUCUUUUAG